GACGAACGGUAGAGAGAGAGGUUUCGAUCUCCAUUCGGGACUAAUUCGCCGACAAAACUGUCGGGAAAAAUGGCUAAAUGGUGGCGCUCCGGUGCCGGAGGCCUUAGGGUUUUACUGACGAACACAACAACAUCAACAUCUUCAUCCAAAGCCGCUUCGUACCACACGAUCCAAGCCAUCCCAAGAGAGUGUACGGGGGCCAGAAUCUCAGCGAGAGAUCGUGAGCAGGGUCGAAUCCCCACCGUUGUUUUCAGUCAGUCCCUUCUCGAGAAAGACCCUAACAAUCGUUCGGAAUCAAAGAAGCUUUUAUUGACGACGGAGAAGAAGCAGAUUCAGGCCAUCGUUAAGUCUGUGGAUCUUCCUUUCUUUUGCUCCACGAGGUUUCCUCUUCAGAUCCGAGCCGGGUCCGGGUCAUCAGUUUUACUUGAAUCCGGGAAUGUUCUUCCUAUUAAGAUACAUAGGGAUGAGGAGACUGGGAAGAUAUUGAAUAUGGUGUUUGUUUGGGCUGAAGAUGGAUCAAAUUUGAAGCUAAAUGUGCCCAUUGUUUUCAAAGGAGAAGAUGUUUCACCUGGUCUCAAGAAAGGUGGUUGUCUGAACAAAAUAAGAACUAGUCUAAAAUACAUUUGCCCAGCUGAACACAUUCCUUCCAAAAUAGAGGUUGAUGUGAGCAAGCUAGAUGUUGGGGAUAGAAUUUUCAUUCGCGAUGUGGAAGUGCAUCCAUCGUUAAAGCUUUUGAGUAAGAAUGAAGACAUGCCCAUUUGUAAGAUAGUUGCGACCGAGUUGGAAAAUUCAAAUUCAGAACAUGCUGCCGGAGUUUAAAUACUCAAAGUUCAUAGUUGAAGGCCUUUCGUUUUCCUAAAUUUUUGUACUGUGAAUCACAAGCAAUCAAUCAAACAAUAAAUCUGCUGCUUUCUUCUCUAAGCUAAUCGUUGAAGUGGUUCUCAUGGAUUGGAUUCUUCGGCAGGCAAGAAUUUAUGGCUCUGAUUGUUAUCAAUUAUCUUGCAUUAUCUUCAAAAUCAUUAAAAAUGAUUAAGUGAUAAUCCAUGGAGAUUUGGAUGCUUGAAAAUGGUGUUCAGUAAUCUGUUAUCAUUGAAUUACAAAUUGGAUUGCUGGUUGAAAAUAGUAAUUUUUAGUUUUUCUAUUGCA